GAUGCAGUUACUGAUGCAGACAAAGCACUGGAAUUGAAUGCGAACUGUGCCACAGCAUUCCUUAGGAAAGGGAUUGCAGAAUACCAUUUGAAGAACUACAGUGCUGCAAAGGAAGCAUUUACAAAAGGGCAAAAUAUUGACAAAACAGAUACUACCUUUACCAUUUGGCUAAAGAAAUGUGAGGAAGAGACAGAAGUGGGAGAACAACCUGAUCAGAACGAGAAGACGCCAGUGGCUGAACAUCAUACUUCUGCUCCUAAGAUUAGGCAUGACUGGUACCAAACAGAAUCUCAUGUUAUCGUCACUGUGAUGAUGAAGAAUGCACAGAAUAAUGAUGUUAGGGUAGAGUUUGCAGAACAAAUGAUGAAUGCAGUCGUAAAGCGUCCAUCAAGCGAUUACAAACUAAACCUUAGUCUUCUUCAUCCUAUUGUUGCAGAACAAAGCACUUUUAAGGUGUUGUCUACAAAGCUUGAGAUCAGAAUGAAGAAAACUGAAGCUGUACGAUGGGAGAAACUUGAAGGAGAUGGAAUUCUUCCUUCUGUGAAACAUUUCACUCCAGAUGAGUGUCACAAAUAUCCUUCAUCAUCUCAUUAUACAAGAAACUGGGAUAAGUUGGUUGUUGAACUCAAAGAGGAAGAAAAAGGUGAAAAGCUUGAGGGGGAUGCAGCUUUAAACAAACUCUUUCAGCAGAUCUAUGACGAUGGCAGUGAUGAAGUGAAACGUGCUAUGAAUAAGUCAUUUAUGGAAUCAGCCGGUACAGUUCUGAGUACCAACUGGACAGAUGUAGGAAAAAGAAAAGUGGAUAUAAGUCCUUCCGAUGACAUGGAGUGGAAACCAUAUUGAUGUCCCAUCCUGUUUUGCACUUUCAUUUUGAAAACUGUAAUGCUUGCAUUUUUGAGUCUCAAGUUUCAGAUUUUCACAUUUUAUACUGCUGCAGGACUUGUUGCAGCCUGCUAGUAUGAAGUGUCAACAGUCCAGAAUCUAGGACAUUGUUCAUUUCUGCUGUGUAACUAAUGAUAAAUAAAGAGUUGUAUUUUAUUUUUA